AGCUGUGUGUGUACACGCUGGGGAACUUGGCAGUAGAGAGCGAGACGGUGAGGAAGCAGCUUUUACCUCAAGGCAUCAUUCCAGCCCUGGCCUCCUGUCUCCAGCCUGGUUCUGGACUCGGCUCUCCCCCUGCACAUGCUGCGCCUGGUUAGCUCCAACCUGGAGCUGGGAAUGGGCGUCGCCGUGGAGUUUGCGUGGUGUCUCCAUUACGUCGUGUGCAGCCACGUGAACAACGGGCUGUUAAUCUCCCAGGGGAUCGUGUCCACACUUGUGCUGCUUCUGCUGGACCUGGCUUCUGCGGUGGUGGAGGGAGCGACCGAGGGCCUGGAGUUGCUCCUCUGUCCUGUGCUCCGGUGUCUCAGCAACCUGCUUGCGGAGGAUGAGCCUGAAAGCUGCAAAGUGCAGAUGCAGGAUGAGCGCCUCCUGGUGGCUGUGUUUCUCUUCAUGCAGCGCUUCCUCCAGCAGCACCCCUUCCUCGUGCAGGAGUGCCUCUGGCUUCUCAACAACCUCACAGCUGAUGAGCCCAUCUUCUGCUCUGCCCUGCUCACGCUGGACCUGCUCCCCGCCCUCCUGCAGCUCUUGCCCUGCUCCGGCACGGUGACCCUGCUGGCUCUGACCGUGCUGUGCAACGUCGCCGAGAAGGGCCCUGCCUACUGCCGCCAGCUGCACCAGAAGGCCGUGCUGCCCUCGCUGCUCAGCACCCUCGCUCUCUCCGAUGCCCAGGUCGUGGGCCAGAGCCUCGAGCUGCUGCAUCUGCUCUUCCUGCAUCUGCCAGAGGCUGCUGCCGACUUCCUCAGCCAAGCAGGCCUGCAGGCCCUAGCACAGCACCGGGACAACCCCCCACUCCAGGAGCGGGUGAGGGCUCUGGAGGAGAGAUACCUCCAGCCAGCUGCAGCCACUCCGGUCUCCCCCAUCCGUGCCUCGGCUGCUGCACUGCCCUCCUAGAGACACUGCAGCCCCCGCGUCCCUUCCCAGUGCCACUGGCUCUAGCCCAUGGACUUUGUACAGCGAGAGCUACUUUGGAAUUGAAUAAACAUUUACACUGCG